UGUGGAUAAUGUUAUAUUUCAUGUGGGAAAUAAAAAUAAAUAAAUUCAAUAUUAUAAUAAUAAUAAUUAGGAAUUAUAGUUGUAACAGGUAGGCGUAUGGGUUAUUGGUGCGAUCGGUAUGGUACGUCCCUAUAUAUGAUGGGUGAACAUGUCCUGUAAGCUGAGAUACUUCAGCCAGACGUUGACGCAUAACAUUCACGUGAUUAGCGCGGAGGCGCGUCUUAAGUUAGAAGUUCAGACCCCUGGACCCUUAAGACUUUGAGACUUAAACACAGUGCAAGGGACUAGCCCCCUCUCAUCACACGGCAGCAGAUGAUUGUUAGAAGCAUACUGUAAAAAUAGAUAUUAAAUGCUAUUGCUUGUAUGCCUUCGGCCUUCUUCAAGUCGCGGAUAUUUUUUUUUCUGAACCCACUAACCCUAUUAUUAUAACGGAAUCCCAGAAUCGGACCUCCAUCAAUUCACCAUGCAGUCGGAGGAACGCCAGAUAUCAGUGUGGGUUUGUCAAGAGGAAAAACUGGUGUUGGGUUUGUCCAAGCGCACGACCUGUGCCGACGUGUUGAGGGUGCUGCUUCUGGACGACCACCACAACGCGCGGGUAAAAGUGUCCAAACAAGUGACGCUUCGACGCAGACCUCAAUCCUAUUGCGUCGUUGAGAUAUGGAAAGAACUCGAGCGCGUUUUGCCCGAUAACACAAGAAUCCUGCGUCUAUGGGACGCGUGGGGAGCGGAGGAGCAGGGCAACGUGAAGUUUGUGCUGUUCCAGCAGGAGCCGUCUGCGGUAUUUGCUGCGCACGACGCACGGCUCUGCGUUCCUGCAGGGGCCGCGGUUGGCCCCUGCAGGAGCGCAGAGGCGCGCGUCGUGCGCAGCAAAGACAGCCCUCCCGCUGCUGCAGGAGCGACCAAUUCUAACGCCGCCAUGUGUUUCUCUCCGGGAAAACAGCGUCGAAUAGUCAGGAAAGCCUUCAGAAAAUUGGAAAAGAUAAAUAAAAAAAAAACGCGGGCGACGUCCGUAGACGCGACUUCGAUACGCAUGGAGACCAUAAUCCAUCGCGUAGCUUCCCAGGACCACGCGAUCCGCCAACAGGUCCACAGGAUCCACGAGCUGGAUAAGGAGAUAGACUGUUUUGAAGCGCAGGUUCAUGCGGACAGAAUGAAAAGUCACGGGGUCAAUUAUGUGCAAGAUACAUAUUCAGUUGACGGCCCGGUGGAGAGGCCCUUUACGCGCGAAGGUGACGCGCUCUCAUCGGUGGACAGGAUCGCCAACAUGGAAGAGUACCUGCGUCAAUGUCAGGAGAUGGUGAAGCUGCAGGAGAGGCUGGAAGAUCACGAGGCACUCGUGGACAGCAUGACGAGGGACAUUCAAGAGGAGUUGAAUCGAAGAUGGAUGGAGAGGAGGAGGAGAGAGGAGAAGCCCAUGGCCUGCACCACAUCACCACCACACCUCAUGAAGACCCCGGGCAUGCACACUGUUGGAUUGGUGGCAGGAAACGACUGUCUUUUGGACCACGUUGAGAGGAUCCGAACAGAGCUCGAUGCUAGUUUAUACAUCGGACUUCGCUUAGACACGGAUUUAGUUGCUAUUGACCACGAUUUGCAGCUGACCCAGGUGACGCUUAGAGCCAGGGAAAGAGAGAUCCAUGCUUUACUGAAACAAUUGGACACUUUGGAUGCUGACGAAGAACCAUUGACGUUUGAGAAGUGCAGUGAUAAUGUGCCAAAAGAGGGGGAGAUGGUGUGGAGUUUAGAAACUAAAAGAGGCUGGGUUGAGCAAACCAGAUGCUGCAAUAUCAGCCAGGAUGAAGACUCGGACACAGGGAUUAGUUCCCUGCACAGUCAAGACUCAGACACUUAUCCAGUUAUCUCACUCACCUAACAUUACUAAUAUAUUCAGUUGAGGCUACUCCACUCCCUAAGAUCUGGUGUCCAAUGUCGUAAAUGUUUAUGUCAAAUAAAUCCUUCAUUACAGUUUUUUCCUAUCGUUUUAGGCAAUUUAC